CCCAUCUUCUCCUUCGGCUCUGUCAUCCUUCGGACGCUUCCGAAUCAAGAAGCCCUGCCUCUGAAGCUACUUCGCUCAAGAUAUCGCUCGCGGGAUCAAGAUGGUGGUUUUCUUUUGCUUAUCUUCACUAUAUUCUUAAAACCAGCAACGAGAAAGACUAGAUCGUGCCUGUAACCAGUAACACAACCUUUUUCUAACAAAGAAAGAGCAACCUCUGCGUUUUAUAAAUUAUUGUUGUGCAUGAAAGAAUGAGGAGAAAGCGAUUGGCUAGCGGAGACGAGAGAUAAAAAAACAAGAAAGUCAAGUCCCAAGACAUUUUCUUUGUUCAUCUUCUUCUCUCUCUCCGGUUUUCAGACUGAUGUCUCAGUCAUUGCCAGUUCGUUCUUCUCUUCGUCAUUGUCAUGGCAGCAGUUCCGUUUCACUGUUCCACUAAUCAGAGGAAUCAAGAGUCAGGGUGUGGUCCUAGGGGCAUGGGCGACAGGAAGACGAUCUACCUAGAACAAGGAUGGGAGUUUGUGCAGAAGGGUAUCGCGAAGCUCAUCGAAGGGCUUCCUGGGCCCGAAUUCAGCUCUGAGGACUACAUGACGAUAUACGAAACGGUUUACAAUAUGUGUACUCAGAAGCCUCCUCAUGACUACUCCCAGCAACUCUAUGACAAGUACAGAGAAUCCUUUGAAGAGUACAUCAAUUCAGAGGUAUUGCCUUCAUUGAGGGAGAAGCAUGAGGAGUUUCUGCUGACAGAACUUGUGACAAGGUGGGCAAACCAUAAGGUGAUGAUUAGGUGGCUAACUUGUUUCUUCCGUUAUCUGGACCGGUACUUCAUUGCUCGAAGAUCAUUGCCGCCCCUUAAUGAAGUUGGUUUGACCAGCUUUCGUGAUCUGGUAUACAGGGAGUUAUAUGCAGAAGUCAGGGAUACUAUUAUCUCUCUUAUUGAUCAAGAACGCGAGGGAAAGCAAAUUGACCGACCUUUACUGAAGAAGGUUUUGGAUAUAUUUGUUGAGAUUGGGAUGGGGCAUAUGGAUCGUUAUGAAAGUGACUUUGAAGCAUCACUGCUUGAAGAUACUGCUGCUUACUAUUCUAAGAAGGCUUCAAAUUGGAUACUAGAAGACUCUUCUCCAGAUUACAUGCUGAAGGCUGAAGAGUGUCUAAAACGUGAGAGAGACAGGGUUUCUCACUACCUGCAUCCAAGUAGUGAGCCAAAGUUACUCGAGAAAGUCCAACACGAAUUACUGUCUGUCUAUGCAAAUCAACUACUUGAAAAAGAGCACUCCGGGUGUUGUGCAUUGCUUAGAGAUGAUAAGGUGGAGGAUUUGUCGAGAAUGUUUGAGCUGUUUUCUAAAAUUCCUAUGGGCUUGGAUCUUGUUGCAAAUAUAUUUAAACAGCAUGUUACUGCUGAAGGUACAGCCUUAGUCAAACAAGCUGAAGAUGCAGCAAGCAACGAGAAAAAGGAUGUGGUUGGUCUGCAAGAACAAGUUUUUGUGAGGAAAAUAAGUGAAUUGCACGAUAAGUACCUAGCAUAUGUCAAGGAUUGUUUCCAGAACCACACUCUUUUUCAUGAGGCUCUAAAGGAGGCUUUCAAGGCCUUCUGCAAUAAGGGAGUCGUCGGUGGAAGCUCAACUGCAGAACUGCUGGCCACUUUUUUUGACAAUAUACUAAAGAAAGGUUGUGGUGAGAAGUUAACUGAUGAAGCUAUUGAGGAAACGCUUAAACGCGUGGUAAAGCUGGUUGCCAAUAUCAGUGAUAAAGAUCUAUUUGCUGAGUUCUACAGGAAAAAGCUUGCGAGGCGACUUCUUUUUUAUUAGAGUGCUAAUGAUGAUCAUGAGAGAAGUAUUUUGAUCAAGCUAAACCUACAUUGCGGCAGUCAAUUCACCUCAUAGAUGGAGGGAAUGAUGAGAGAUUUGACAUUGGCAAGGGAAAACAAGACCAGUUUUGAAGAGUAUCUCAGCAACAAUCCUAAUGCAAAUCCUGGGAUUGACUUGACGGUUACUGUUGUGACAGCUGGCUUCUGGCCGAGCUACAAAUCUCCUGAUUUGAAACUUCCAGCAGAGAUGGUAAGGUACGUUAAGGUUCUCAAGGCAUUCUAUCAGACAAAAACGAAGAGAGAACUAACGUGGAUAUACUCCUUGGGUACAUGUAACAUGGUUGCCAAGAACCACGAUAUUGUUGAUAUUGUUCCCGCAUCUGCUUUGCUGCUUUUCAACACCUCGGAGAGAUUAAGUGAUUCAGAGAUCAUGAACCAGUUAAAUCUGAGCGACAGCAACGUUGUUAUACUUCUGCACUCAUUGUCAUGUGCCAAGUACAAAAUUCUCAAUAAAGAGCCAAACAGAAAGACAAUAUCAUUGACCGAUCACUUUGAAUUUAAUGCGAUGUUCACUGACAAAUCGAGAAGGAUCAAGAUUCCACUCCCUCCUAUGGAUGAGAAAAAGAAAGUAAUUGAAGACGUUGAUAAGGAUCGGCGCUAGGCCAUAGAUGCGUCAGUUGUGCGCAUCAUGAAGAGUUGGAAAGUUUUAGGUUAUCAGCAGCAGGUUUUGGAGUGUGUCGAGCAGUUAGGAACUGUGUUUUAGCCUGAUUUCAAGGCAAUCAAAAAGCGGAUAGAAGAUUUGAUCACUCAGGACUAUUUGGAGAGGGAUAAAGACAAUCCUAAUUUGUUCAGAUAGCUUGCAUGA